AUUCACGACUUAGAAGAGAAGCGUUGGGACACCCGACGUUACAACCCUAACGCACAAAGUACCAAAACAAGACAUUACCACUGACACGACAUACAUCAAGGAGAUCAUUGUGGAAUACUGAUCAUGCACGGUGGACAAGCAAAGGAUAAGAGGGAAAAGACUGGAUAUUGAUCUUCCGUUUAACCUUCACCUUUCUGGAUAACCUGGAAAUUUGAAUGUGCCCUUUGCGCAUAGGAGGGAAGGACGAGGGGAACUCAACGAAGCUGACGUGCAGAGGAAUAUAUUUUGUCGUUCUCGUACUUUUGUGUUUUUGUUUUUUUUAAUCGAAACCUUACAUUUUGGAGUAGGAGUUUUUAGGGAAUAUAACCGUGGGUGACGCGGCUGCCCACGAGCAUCGGAAAGCAUGGCAGCCUGGUUCACCUUAUUCAUCCCAUUUUUCUCGACGCUUUUAACGCAGAUAUUUGGAACUGGUGUAUUCGAACUUGACCUCCACGAAUUCAAAAAUUUCAAAGGUUUGCUUGCAAAUGGAAACUCGUGCAAACCUGACUGCAGGACGUUCUUCCGAGUUUGCCUUAAAAACUACCAAGCGGUCGUAUCUCCAGGUGAUUGUAUCUUUGGAAAUGCCAUUACACCAGUACUUGGGACAAAUUCAUUCAGAAUUGGAGGUGACGCUCUCAGUACACCGAUUCGACUGCCACUGAACUUUGGAUGGCUGGGAUCAUUUUCUUUGAUUAUUGAGGCCUGGUAUUCACCUCUUGGGAAUCCACCUGUAGACUCAGACAACCCCCAUUUACAGAUUAGUUCUUUUGCCAUCCAAAGAGAGUUGGAAGUAGGGGCUGAGUGGUCUCAGGAUGUUCAAACCAGGCAGCAGACGGAGCUAAGGUAUUCUUACCGGUUCAUCUGCAAUGAAAAUUACUACGGCGACAGUUGUUCGAAAAUAUGCACGCCCAGGGACGACCGUUUUGGCCACUACACCUGCAACCCAGAUGGGCAGUUAUCCUGUCUCCCUGGCUGGAAGGGAGAAUACUGCGAAGAACCAAUCUGCCUCCAGGGGUGCAGUGAGGCGAACGGCAACUGCUCUAAACCCGGAGAGUGUGUCUGCAGAGAGGGUUGGCAGGGCACACUGUGCACAGAGUGCAAGAAACACCCAGUGUGCAAGCAUGGCACCUGCCAGCUGCCCUGGCAGUGCGACUGCAAGGAAGGCUGGGGGGGGCUCUUCUGUGACCAAGAUCUGAACUUCUGCACCCACCACAAGCCGUGCAUGAAUGGAGCCACGUGCAUGAACACUGGCCAGGGCAGCUACACAUGCACAUGCCCACCGGGGUACACUGGAGUCAACUGUGAGCUGGAGGUGCGACACUGCGACAGCAGCCCCUGCCAGAACCAGGGACACUGCACUGAGCUGGAUAAUGGCUACAUCUGUACAUGCCUGCCAGGCUUUGAGGGCACAUACUGUGAACACAGCCUGCUAACCUGUGCCGACCGACCCUGCUUUCAUGGGGGCAAGUGCCAUGAGCGUGACAAUGGCCGCAGCUACUCCUGCGACUGCCCCCGAGGUUACACUGGGCUCAACUGUGAGAAGAGAGUAGACAAAUGCACAACCUGGCCCUGUACCAAUGGAGGCACGUGUGUGGUGCUGGCAGGUGUACACAUGUGCAGCUGCCGUGCCAGCUUCACAGGCCCGCGCUGCGAGAUCAACAUCAACGACUGUGCAUCCAACCCCUGCGUCAACGGCGGCACCUGCCAUGACCGCAUGGGCGACUAUGUCUGCUCCUGCCCACCGGGUUACAGAGGCCGCAACUGCCACCAGCUCUCCGCCGCAUGCCCCUCCCAGCUGUGCCUCAACGGUGGCUCGUGCGGCACCAUGCCAGGCGGCCCGCCCGUCUGCUUCUGUCCUGCUGGCUUCACGGGGCCCCGCUGCGAGUACUUCGCCGUCACGCUGCCCAUGGCGCCUGCCUCCAGCGAGCCCCAAGACGGCUUCCAGUGGGCGGCCGUCUCUCUGGCUGUGGGCCUGGUGGCCCUGCUUGUGCUCCUGUGCAUGGUGGGCAUCGCCCUGCGGCAGGUCCACAGGCACGCCAGCACCGAGAGGACUCACAUGGACACCAUGAACAAUCAGUCAGACGCACAGAGGGACAACCUGAUACCCACCUCGCAGCUGAAAAACACUAAUAAGAGGGUGGGACUGGAGGUAGACUGUGGGUCAGAGAAAUCCAAUUACAUACACAAGAACUACCACUUAGACUACAACUCAACGAAAGAUUUCAAAGAGACCCCUUCGCAAGAGGACAAAAGUCACAACUAUGAAAAGUGUUUAGAAGACAAAAUACCACUGAGUAGAAUGUACAGUGAAAAGCCAGAGUGUAGGAUAUCAACGAUAUGUUCCCCAAGAGACUCCAUGUACCAGUCUGUGUUUGUAAUAGCAGAGGAGAGAAGUGAAUGCGUCAUAGCAACUGAGGUAUAAAUGACAGGAGGGUGUGAAGAAUAGGGUGAGGAAGACACAAUCAAAGCAGAACUUUCUGGAUUGUUUACAAAGACUGAGAGACUGGAGAUGAUUAGUUUGUGAGAUCCACUGCUGCUCUGAGAAACUUGAGAAACUGGAGAGAGCAGAAGCCUGCUCACUGAACACAACGUUGGUGUUCUGUUGACAUGUGUUUGUGUACAAACGUGUACAGACCUGGAAAGUUUGUUUUUUUAUCCCUCCUGCUACGGUAUGUUUUUCCCUCACAAACUGUAAGUAAAAAUGGACUUGCAAGAGGAAAAAAAAAUGUCUAUGGCAGAGAGAAGUGGUCCCACCCCCACAUAGAGUGAGCGUUCUCUCUCUCUCUCUUUCUCUCUCUCUCUCUGUCUCUCUCUAUCUUCCCCCCUCCACUCACUCUCCUUCACCCUCUCUCACUCUCUUGUGAUAAUCAUGGACACAUUGUCUGCCAACUAAUCGUUAGAAGGUGCCAGGGACGUCCAACCCUUCAGCCAGCAUUGCCAGCUAUGCAAGAAGAGAGCGCGGGGGGGAGGGGGGUGCAAUCAAAGACAGCCCACCCCAAUCAGGAGAAGAAAUGAAUGUCUGAAAAAAUAAACAUGUAGAAAUGUCAAUCAUAUCAAAAAUGACUGUUGUUCUAAGAUUGUAUACAGCCCAAAUUCACGAAAAAGCCUUAAAAGAAUGGGACAGGAUGUUCAUUUUCUUGGAUUGUUUGUAAGAAGGGAAAAUGCUUGUGUAAAGAACAGGGGGGAGAGCAGGAUUGCAGUAUAUCGAGCUGUGCCGGCAUCCAAGAGGAAGUGUCACUGGCUUCUUUUAUGCAAUAUGGCCCGCAAGUACAAGACUGAAAGGACAAAAACCUGAAAUCGUGACUGCUUACCACUGACUGCCUAGCAUUCAUUUUGAGACCAAUAAUGUAAUUUUUAAGAAAAUGAUUAUGUCCAGAGUUAAUUUAAUUAUGACACACUGCUCUUUAUAUGUUUUAUACUAUUAUUUUGUAUAUAAUGCAUAUUUAUAAGAACCAAACAUCUGAAGAAUAAAAAUGUUAAUUCCUUUGA